AUGGAUUUCAUUCUUUCUUUGACGCACUUCUGCGAGGUGCAUGGUCCAACCUCUAUCAUAUGCUCGCAGGUCUUACCUUUUUCAUGUCCGCAAUGUCACCCCGAACCCGAUCACUCUCCCCAGGGUACCCCGGCUUCACAUGAAUCGCGCUUCGAUGAGACUCGAUCGAAUAAAUCUGCCGAGUCCAAGUCGCCUAGAAUUGAAGAUCACCCAUACUUUCUCAAGGGACAUCCGACCUCACCCGAUGAAAAAUCCAGCCGAGGUGGUGUGAAUGGCGACACCUGCGCGAGUUGCAGCUUGUCUCUGCCAGAAAAUGUGAGCAAACAGCUGCCACCCGGGGCGCCUGGAAGUCGCGACGCCAAAGGCAAUUCUACUAGUCCGGUGCUUCGCUCGCGCGAGCUCGUUUACUCAUGUGGCAACAACCAUUCCGAGGUGGAUGAUGAGACCGACUAUCACACUCAUGCUUCUCCUCCCGAAUCACUUCACUCUGCCUCGGUUGCCUCCGAUUCUUCAUGCCACACUCACAUCCAUACCUAUCUCUCCCAGCGCGGGCCGCCUAACCCCGCCGACUAUGCUCUUCUCCGACGCUCCUCUAUUCGCACCCUGAGCUGUGAGCUCCUGCCCCGGGGACUUUCGUCCGGCCCGAUCUGCUUCGGCGACGGAGUCGCCGGUUACACCAUUGCCUACAUUUUCCGUCUGCCGGACCCCAUGGCCCGCGGCAAGCGACGUAGUUAUGCACUGGUCGCAUUGGCGGGACGAGAUGCCGGAAGAGCAUUCCGCGCAUGUCCCAUCAUCUGGCGUGCAUUCGGCCGCAUCGCCACUAGCAUUGUCCGCGCUGCUGAACGCUUCCAGGAAGACGAGAAGACCCGCGAUGAGCAGAACAACCCAAGACAGGCCGGUCGCCAGUACCCUCCCGUUUCAUCCUUCCUCACCGGCCGGGGUAUGGACCCGGCGGGCCGGCGCGCGGCCGGUCAGAUUCGUGCCCGUAAUUUGGCCGAAAUCGUCGGCAAUGAAUACAUCUUUACCGAAUUACAUGCUCAUUUCGUCGCGCUUCUGCAACAGCUGGGCUUAAUGUUUGGCGGCAUCCCUCUCAACGAGGAACGCUUUGUCUGCAGCACCGUGGGCGACGAUGAAAUUCCUAGUGCUUCUCAGCCAGUCCUCGUAUCUAAGGCCAUACAGCCACAGAACGGCCAGAAGUAUGACACCAACGACAUCGACAUGUCUACCCUUGAAAUCUCGGCGGGACCCAAGGCGAUUCCCAUUGCGCCUCGUCGUCCCGUCAUGGCUUGA